CUCCUUUGGUUUAUAGGAUUUUUAUAGGAAUUUUGUAGGAUAGGAUAUUUGUAGGAAAUAAUCCUUUGGAGGCCUUUGGUUCACAGGAAUGCCAUCCUAUUCCUGUACAGGAUUUCUUCCUUUCCUUCACGUUUUGCAGGAACAGAAAAAAGAGGUCCAACCUAAUGGAAAACUUCCUGGCGCGAACGACGCGCGCGGCGGCAACUGUUCCCUCCCUUUUUUUCGCUCGGCCGCUUCACUCACCUGUGCACAAAUAGAGAGAGGGAGGGGAAAAGAAGCAAAAUCGACAUGUCCAGCCGCCCCUCCUCUCCUCACACAGAGCGGCGCAGCUCCAACCUUGAAGAUCAACCGGCAGGGAGGACGGCGGCAGACGGCCGCGCGACGCGACCACAUCCAGGCGGCGGGCAGGAACCACCGGCAAGCUGGAGCAUCUACCGUCGACCAGCUAGCCACCAAGCCCCAGCGGCAUCCAUCUGCCGCAAGUCUCUUCAGUUUCUUCAGAUGGAUGAUCAAGGCAGGAUGAUAGACUUUGGUAUUCAAGGCCAUGAGUUCAGUCAAAGGACUACAAUACCUUGUCCAAAUAUUGGUCACCAUCAGGACAAUGGACUUGAUGACCUGGAGUUUACUCAAGGAGCUACAGGACACCAAACAAAUAUUGGUCAGGACAAUGGACUUGAUGACUUGGAGUUCAGUCAAAGGAUCAUAGGACGCCGUCCUAAUUUUGGUACGCUGCAGCGUUGUGAUGACCUCGACUUUGACCAAAGGAGUGCAAGGCAGCAUGAGGAUAGUGCUCUUUGCUUUGCAGUUUCAAAGUCCAAGAAGAGUCUUCCUAGAGCCAAGUGGAGUCACCAAAUGAAGCUAUAUCUUAUUCAACAGCUGAAAGAUUUUAAUGUCCCAGGUUAUAGAACUCAGAAUGCAUGGAGUAAAGAGGCAUGGAAUAAGAUUGUGGAUAACAUAAACAAAAAGUUUGGCUUGUCACUAGAUGUUAAAAAAGUGAAACAAAAGGAACAGGAUCUGAAGAAAGACUUCCGCACUGUGAAAGAGUUGGCAGCUGAGAGUGGCUUUGGUUGGGACCGUAUCGGAAUGAAAGUUGUUGCCCCAGAUGUUGUUUGGGAAUCAUUUGCGGAGCGUCGUAACACGGAUGCACUCAUAUGGAGAGACAAACACUUUCCAUAUUAUGAUGAUUUAUUUGCAUUGUAUGAAGGACGGUAUGCUGAAGGAAGGAAUAGGCGUGGCAUGGACUAUUAUGCAGAUAGGGAUAAAGAACCAUCACAAACCAAAUUUGCAGAAUCACAAGGGACCAAUGAUUAUGAUGGAUCACCCUCACCUAAUAUAAAUGCUGCUGAUUUUCCUAUUGAAGAAGAAGGUGAGAAAGACACUUCUGAUUUUCCCCAGCAGCAAUGCCCAUCAAGGCGCUCCACACAAAUGAAUUCUCAGUUUGUGAAAACACCGGAAUGUGUGGAGCAAGACCCACAAAGAGGCAGAAAAAUAGUGAUUUUCAAGAGAAGUACUUGAAGCUCAAGAAAGAAGAAAUUGAACGGUUUGCAGCUAUUGAGGAGAAGAAGCUUGAGGAUCCCUAUAGCAUCAGUAGGUGUGUCACAACACUUGAACGUCUACCUGGUCUACAAAUGGCUGAUAUGGUGAUGGCUGCUGAUAUCUUCAAAAGCAAGGAGAAUAGAGAGCUUUUCCUAUCGUUUUCUACGGAUGAACCAAGGUUAGCCUGGCUCAAAAGGCAGAUUGGGCAUAUCUAAACAUAUUACUUGCAGGCUGCUAGGUAGUAUUUUGUCAUAGCACUUAAGAUGUGUGGAGUCUUUUGUUGGACGCAAACAAAGUGUGUGGCUAGCUAGGUUGUAUUUUGGUAGAAUUACUUGAAGUAGAAAGCUGAACUAGGGAGUAGAAGUACGUGGCUGGGUAAUAUUUUGGUAGAACUACUUGCUGCAGAAAAUGAAAGAGCAAGCAUGUAGUAGUUGCAGAAAACGAACAUGGCAUCUAGUACUUUGCUUUAAUGAAUAUUACAAUUUCGACAUGCCAUAAUCUUGGUUUGCAGUACAUUUUUUUGCCAUACAUUUGUUUGCGGUACACGUUACAAUGCAUAUAUCAAGCUCUUCUUGCAAUAUAGUCCUCCCACAGUUUAUCUGCUAUAUAAUCCCGUAGGUGGUUUCCUGCUUCUCUUGUGUUAUUGAAUGCUCCAACAUCACUAGUGUAGUUUUCAUCUCCCGUGGGCACGUCCACAAUUAGAUGUGGGUCAAUAUUUGGAGUGUCAUUGUUGAGCCAUGAGACAUCUCCAUCAUGAAGCCGAAUGAAAUUAUGUAGGACACAACAUGCCAUUGAUAUGUCAACUUGUUUGCCGAGGGAAUAGUGUGUAGCAACUUUCAGAACUGGAAAUCUCUUUUUCACUAUGCCAAUAAUUCUCCCUAUAUGAUUCCGUAAUUGUGCAUGGCGAAGGUUGAAUAGUUCUCUACGAUUCCGCGGCCUUUGACGUACUUGUGCUUGUUCUUGCAAAUGGUAUCUAGUUCCACGGUAUGGGGCAAGAAACUGUGGUGUGUUUGCAUAGCCCGCAUCUACAAGAUAAUAUUUACCAUGAGGUACCUGAAAUCCAUGGUUAAGUGCAUCUUGGAGAACCCUUGCAUCCGAGGCUGAUCCUUCCCAGCCAGGAUGCACAUGCACAAACCUCAAAUCAAAGUCACAUGCAACCAUAACAUUUUGUGUGAUUGUUUGCUUUCUGUUUCGAUAUGGCUCUUGUUCAUGUGGUGAGAUAGUCAUUGGAAUAUGUGUACCAUCAAUAGCACCAAUGCAAUCCUGUAUUCAUAUUAUAUCAUGAGAUAUUAUUUUGAAUAAAACUUCAAACAACCAUAUUACAUUUACCAAUACAAAGUCAGAAAUAUAUGAAAAUGUAUGCUUACAUUGAAGUAGGGAUGGAAAUGUGAUCUCCUCAAGACUGGAUGUGGUCGAAGAGAAGGUGGGCGUAUAUAGAUGCUUGCAAGCUUUGUAAUUGCCUCUAGUACAUCUCCAAAGUGUCGACUGAUGGUUUGCCCACUGUGCUGGAACCUAUCCUGCAAGGUUUCAUUACUAGCAUUUUUUGCAACUGCAUAUAAAAAUAUGGCAACCUUUUCUUCCAAGGAGACUAUUGUAGAAUCUUCAAGUAUUUCAUUCUCACGCAGCUUCUCAACUAGAGCAUGAAAGAUGUAAGCCUCCAUUCUGAAAUGCCUUCUGCAUAAGCUUUCAUGCCCAUUUAAGAUUUCCUGGACAUAAGCAGCUCCUGUAAGACUAGAUGUAUGCAUUGGUUUUUUCUCCCUUCCUUCUUCCAUGGUAGGGAAGACAAAUAACAUGAAUUCAUCCUC